ACAACAUACAGCAUUUGUCACCUUUGAGUAACAUUAGCUCGACAAUGUUUGUUUGUCACCGGAGUCCGUCUGGCCAUCCUGUUCAAAGCAAUGUUAGCGAACAAGCUAGUGUAGACUACAGAGGUAGUACCAGAGCUAGUGGGAGAUCAACAUUUGGCUGCAGACUAUCCAGAGGGCAACAGACAGCUAAGACAUCCCAUAUCAACUCUGAUACCCACUCUGCAUCAGGCUAUAAGGCCAGUGAUGUUGGGAGUGCUAGCGACAGUGUGACAUUAUAUUGUCAGUCAGACAACACCCUCACAACAAAGGAAUUAGAGACCCCCUACACUGCUGCCCCCUAUUGUGAAAAUGAGAUGAAUGAAGCAGAGAAAGUGCAACACUGGUUGAAUGUCUCAUCUUUUCAAACUGAGGUGAUGAGGUUGGCCUCCCCAGGAUGGUCGGACCACGAGAGACACCCAUCCAGCCUGGAGUCAUCCUUCCAGUCAGCUGGGAGUAGCUGCCCACUGUCCAUGUCAGAGCUGACCACUCGGCCUCCACAAAAGAGAUCACAAGAUGGUCAUCAAAUGAGCCAGAAUGAACAGGUUAACCAAAGAAUCUUUCUUAAUCAAUAUGUGAAUAAGAAACUGGACACAUUGACCACAAUGAAUGGAAACCAUUCCUGGAGUCAGUUCCAAGGUUCCUCAGGAGGGUUGACCAACAGCCAAGAUCCCUAUAGCUCUGGAUUUAACUCAUCCUGGAAUUAUGAAUCUGGAUCAUAUCGACAAAACAAAAAUUUCAGCCCAAAUUCAUACGGUUUUACCAGUUCUGGGCCUCAUUUAGCUACAUAUGGGAAUGUUAACCAGAGUGGUACCGGAAACCUCACUGGUAGCAAUGGGUAUACCCAGAUGGAUUCCAUGGGGUACCCACCAUUAGAUAGCAGCAUUGACCAAUACAAGCCAGUGUCUACAGAACUCAAGGAACACCGCGAAAGGAUUGCUCAAAUUGACCAGCAGUUGCUGAGUUUAGAUAAAGAGAUUAUGAGCUGUGACGGCCAGGAGAGAUGGAAAGGACUCCCACAGGAGCAGCCAUCAGUGAAUCUGUACCCAUACAAUACAAUGUCUAUGGGUAAUUCCGUAAGGUCCAACACAUCGCAGAUAUACCCUCAUGGAAACCUUCAGACAGAUUCGUCAUUUCUUUCAAAGUCAUCACUAAGGGAGUCAUCUGCAGGAGAUUAUAAUAGUUUUGCUCAUGAAGGAAUGAAUUCUACUCAUAAUUAUGACCACUCUGUGCCAAGGUUAAAUACUUUUAUGUCUAGUAGUCAGACUACUGACCCAACCUUGACCUUGAGUUCGUUUGAAGGUCAGGGUAAAACUCAUACAAAAAUGAAUGGAAGUCCCAAGUGCUCACUAAAUAUCCCAAAGAUAGUCCAAAGACAAACAACAACAGCAUUAGCAGAAAAAUCAGGGAAUUUUACAUCUACUGCCAUACAGACUAGCCCAAAUAAGAGUGACCUUGACAUUGCACCAAAUGACCUCAGCUUAGCCCUUACUCCUGCUAAGGGCUCUCAAGGCUCCAGAGUUAUGUCUUCACAUAAGUUGGGUAUAGGCCCCAAUGUUAAAGGGCGUAUCGUUCAGUCCAAUCUUCCAUUGGAUGAUUUAUCGCCACUUUUCUCCCAGGCCACACCCCUUAAACUGUCUACAGGGUUACCCACAAAAAGCGGGUCUCAUCUACCUCAACCCUUGUCUAAAGGAGUAGCCAUGUUGGAAGACAAAAGACCAGCAAGAGAUUCAGGAAUGAAAUUGUCUGAUGACAAGAGGGUUACUCCCUAUAAGCACAGCUCUCGCCACCAAAGAAGCUGGAGUUCACCUCGAUUAAGCUUCGACUCCGAUGAGAGUUUAUCAUCAGAGGAGGAUGUAGAUUCUCUUCUGAACCGCUCGGUUGAGCUCCAGUCGCACAUCCGAGUUUCAUGCGACGAGACUGAUGCUUAUCAGCCACUGUCGCCCACGGGUUGGAGGGGUUAUUCACCCUCACCGACACAGUUUGCACGGAGUCUGCGACGCACUCACUCCGUGGAGAGUAUUGUGGGAAAGUUUGAUACUGACAGUAAUUCUUUCACUAUUACUUCAAUGAGGACCAACUUGCGCUGGGAAGAUGCAUAUGUCUAUGGUUCAAGAAGCCCGUCCAUGGUUUCCCCUACAUUGAGGGACAAUCUCAAAGGUAGAUGUUAUUCGCCAAGCUCAAGCAGCAGCACUUGUAUGCCAAGAUCUACGACAGAGGAGAGCACGAAUGGUACGUCAUCGUCGCAGUGGGCCAUACGACUGAUUGAGGCUCUUCACAACACAGACCCUGUAGCCAGACAGUGCUUAGUGUUGAAGGCACGGUGCUUUAGAAGAUGGCAGAGCUUGGUCAGAGAAACAAGACGACAGAAAACUGAUGACAACCAUGCUAUAUGUUAUUACCAUCGAAAACUGCUCGCAAGGUGCUUCAAACAUUGGCGAGAGGAGGUAGAAAAUGGACGACAGUUGCAUGCCGCCAUUGCCCUCUACAGGAAACAUGCACUGCGCAAAGGAAUUCAGGGACUAAGGUUUGCUGUGCAACAGUCACGCCACCUAGAGGAUGUUUUAGAGACUAAAAUGAAACAGCACUUACUGUCCAAGUAUUUCCAUGAGUGGCAGGAGAGAGCCAGUGACAGCAGGGAAAAUACUAUCCGCAAUGCCUUCAAUCGCUGGCGGCAGUUUAAGCUGCAGUCAGAGCGUAUGAAGCUACUGGAGAACAUGGCGGAAAGGCGUCUCCUGUCCAAGGCGUACAGCGUGUGGAAGGGUCACUUCAAGGAUCAGCAACAGGAGGGCGUGGCUGCUCUGCACUACAAGGUCACAGUGCUGGGGAAGGGCUGGAAGGCCUGGAAACACUUCACCACCAUCAGUCUAGUCAGGAGUAGGAGGAAAGAAGUCGCCAAGAUCCAUUAUGAGGAGCGCCUCCUUCACAGAACGUUCCACCACAUGAAAGAGACAGCACAGAAAUCUCAGAUGGCAGAAAUCUUCUACCGUCAUCGCCUUCUGGCCAGGAUGUUCCGACAGUUCCACGAGGCAUCCCAGCUCAGCAAGGCUCAUCGACUCAGAGUAAUGGCGGAAACUAAGGAGUACAGACGCCUGGUGCUACUUAAGUCUUUCUUUGCUCACUGGAGAGAGGAGUUGCGGGAACAGAGAGCAAAUAAUGUUGCCAGGAAGAGACUGGAGAGCCGUGCCUUUGAAAUCUGGAAACUCAGGUGGCGACGUAACCUGCUCCAUCGCCAAGUAAGAGAAACCAGGGCCAACGAGGAGCUAAAACACAUGGUGCUACAAGGCUGGCAGGAGGCAGUACGGAGGCAGCGGCAGGAUAGGGAGGCAGCAGUGGAACUGCUACAGAAGGUUGUGUGUAGUCACUGGCUGAGAGAGUGGCAUGACUACACACAGAGAAUGGUGGAAAUGAGAGCCAGUUAUGCAGAAUUUGUCCAAAAGAGGGCACUGCAGACAAAGCGUCGCUACAUGAAGACGUGGCAGGCCCAACUCCACACUAAACUCACACAGCAGAAAGCUAAAGAGUUGUGGACGUUGAAAUGUGUGCGGCGUGCAGUGUACAAGUGGCACUCACUGGUAUAUAGGAGAAGACUGGAGAUCAUGUUACAGCAGUCCCAGCCACUCAGGGAUAGGGCCUUGGUGAAGGCCUACCUGAAGAGGUGGAUUCAUGCCAAGCAGCAGCUAGACUGUGAGAAGGACCGCGCAGACAUCGCGUACAGCGCCAUGCAGAAGAAGGGUCUGCAGCGGAUGUUUGUCCGGUGGAGAAUUCUUACGCAGCAGGAGCUGACCAUAGCACCUCUCAAGUCUAAGAAGAGGAGGAAAGAGAUAGCUAGGGUAUUUGACAGCUGGAGGGCCAGGGUGCUUACCAAGAGGAAAGGAUUAGAACUGAAGGCCAGCUUCCACCAUCUGCAAAUGCAGAAGAUCUUCACAAAGUGGAGGUUAAAGACCCAAAGUCUUGUUCUCCAACAAAAGGUGGCACUAUCGUCCCACCUCCAUCUGCUUCGCCAGUGCUUCAGUGGCUGGUGUGAGUUGGUAGAGCGUAGGAAGAACUACGAGAAUUUCACCAAGUGUUGCUCCCAGCAACAUCUCAGCCGGGCAUUCCAGACGUGGAGGUGUAACUUAGGAGAGGUGCGAGCUGAACGAGAAGAAGAGGAAGCUGAGCAGGCAAGAGUGAAGACCCUGCUAGCUUCCUGUCUGCGUACAUGGCGUGCUAAGCUGUCCCAGCAGCGUUGGUUGGAAGAGACGUUGUUGAAGAGAACUGCAGAGCAGCACUGUGCCAGACUGGUCCGCGGGUGCUUCAUCCAGUGGAAGCUGCAGUACCAGGGGGCCGCCAAAGCCAGGUACCUGGAGGAAGAAUUAGGUCAGCGUCGCCUGCAGCGCAUCUUCAAGGUAUGGCAAGACCAGACCAGCCAGUCUUUCCACGACUCCAUAGCGCAGUUCCAUGCCAAUAUGGCGGCCAUUACCCCACGGGACAGUAUGGAGAGGAAUGACUCAGUCCUGUCUGGGUUGUCGCAGACGUCGUCCGUCAGCAGUAGUGGCUUCCAGAGCAUUCCAUGGCAGCAACACAGUGGCAUGGCCUACCCCUUGAACGGUCAACUGGACAGUUCAAUGUCCACCUCCCCAACACUGGAUGGUCAGCACUUUGGCCAGCUACUGAUCCAGGAUCUGAUCCAUGUUGGGAAAGAUGAGGAGAAAGAUGACGUGUUCUCAUACCAUGAGGUGCUGAGCCAGUCAGACAUAGGGUCAGCUGUUAGCACACCACGCUUUAAACUUCUGGACAGUCCUAGGAAAAGGGAGUUGAGUGAGGAGAAACAGAAAAGUUUGGACAGACGCAUUAGCUAUGAGAAAGCCUUGAGCAUUGAGAGAGCCAACUAUGAACAAGAAAAGAGCAGUUUGCUGAGAGCAGGAAGUCUGUUGGAGCCUCUGAACAUUGACAUAGAUUGGUCUGCUACAUCUGAUAUACAGGAACUUCUUGUGUGGGUGGUCAAAAGAUGGCAGCACUGGCCAGUGAGUGCUGCAUUUGAGCAGUGGAAGGAGUACGUGGCUCAGCGACGUGUCACCAAGUACCUCCAGACUGAGGCCAGCGCUAGGUGUGAAAACCUCAAGCUGCACUGGGCCUUUGACCAGUGGAAACAUGGGGUCAUUGCCAUGGCAACAGCACGGAAGUAUCAUGAGUCCUGUCUACUGAGAAGGUGUUUUACUGCCCUGAAAGAGUACACAGUGUCCAGGAAGAUGAAGCAGGAACAGAAGAGACGAGCUGAUGACUUCAGGGAGGCCAUGUUGCUACAGAAAGUGCUGGAAACGUGGACUCAGAAGCAUCAAGACAAACAGCAGUGUGAGGUGUCUCUGACAGCAGAAAGCCCACGACUGAGUGGCCUUGGAAACUACGUGCAGCGUAAGAUUCAGACAAAGAGUCUGCGUUACUGCAUGCAUGUGUGGGUGAUGAGAUACACACAGCUACAGGAAGUGAAGCGCUAUCACAGCUGCUCCCUGGUAAAGAGAUGUUUCCGAGGCUGGCUCACUUGGACAAGAGAAAGAUCAGACAUGAGAGCCAAGAGUGAAGAGUUCUGUCAAAAGAGACUGAAGAGGGCAGCACUGAGAGGUUGGCAGAGGCGAUAUCGCAACACGUACCUGGCUGAGCAGAGAUAUGUGCUAGUGUGGAAGGAGUUCCUGGCUGACAUAUUGGAAAGGUGGCACUUCUGGGCAGCAGAACGUCACUUGCAGUCAGCGGUUGGUGAACAACUGGAGGCCAGACUGAGGCUGCGUGCUGUGGCAAAGACCUUCAGGACCUGGAAGGCAGAGACUCACAAGUGCCAGCAGAUGCAGAAGAUUUACCACGCUUCAUUGCUGUCGCGUAGUUUUCAUGCAUGGCAGAAGCUGGCGCAGCGAAAGAAGGAGCUUGCUGAAAGGUUGUCUGACUUUGUUGUGAGGCAACAGGAAAACAAGCUAAGACGUGUAUUCCUGGCCUGGAAGUCAGACUGGCUGCGUAGUAAGGCUGAAAGUGAGUUCCAACAGCUCAGAGUUCAUCACAAUGUGGUCAAGAUGGCCAAGAAGUGGAAGCAGAGGACACAGCAGUCUAGAGGGGAGAGACAGAGGAGAAAAGUUCUCCUGGCUAUGGCGUUCAAGUGUUGGAGGGGCCAGCUCCAGAACAAGCUGUCUCUGAAGGGCAAGGUGUACAUCCUGGGCCGUCUUUGGCGCUGGAAAGCACAAAGGAACCUGACACAGGAAAAUAUGGCGCUGCAGCUGCAGGACAAGUUCCGUAGACGUCAGUUGAGCCGAGUGUUUACUCACUGGAAGGAGACAUAUUGGAAGCUGCACUGUGCUGAACAACACCAUAUAGACAGCUUGGUAGCAAGUGCUUUCCAAGGCUGGUUGGAGUUCACAGAAAAGAAGAAAGAUCUUGCUUACAAACUUCAGCUGUACUUGGACAAGAGACACACAGACCAGCUCAUUGUUGCGAUGAAGAUCUGGAAGAAAGAAUUCAAGGGCAGCGCCAGGCGUAAGAAACUACUGCAGCACCACCUGGAGGAGAGAAACCACAAACUUGUAAACAGGAUGUUUGUCAAGUGGCAUGACGAGACAUUAAGACAAAGAGCUGAGAAACGUUACGAAGGUUCCAUUCUGCUGAGGAUAGUAGUGUCGUGGCAUAAGUGGGCACAUGACAAGAGAGCCAGAAUGGCCAGAUGUCAAGAGCUGCAGACAAGUUUUGCACGUAAUAACCUCAGGUCAGCAUUCCUUACUUGGCAUCAGAACACCAGGGUGCAGCACCGUGCGGCGGCACACUACCAGCAGACACUCACAGUCAGAAUGUUUUUCUCCUGGCUUCACCAUGUUCGACAUCAAAAACAACUUAAACAACUCAGCACACAGUUCCAGCAGCGUAAAACCGCCAUCAUUUCCCAGCAUGCAUUUCUCAAGUGGAAGCUACGCUAUCAAGUCAACAUGCAGCUGAAUGUUCUGGUGAAGCAGAAGCAAGCCAUGCAUGAAAGAAAGCUUCUCCAGGAUUGCUUUGCAUUGUGGAUUGAGAAAGUUUGCGAACGUCAGGCACACGAGCACUACGAGAGAGUGUUGAUGAGACGGGCAAUGGCGCAGUGGAAGAGGUUUGUCCAUAAGAAGAGGAUGGAGAAACAGAUGGAGGGAGACUUAAUGGACUUGGCACAGCAGCACUAUGAGGCUAGUCUAAGGAAACUUGUACUGCAUGCAUGGUGCAGUGAGGUGCUAGUUGCUAGGCAACUAAAGAAGAGACAGCUCCAUCUGGUGGCAAGAUAUGCUAAGAUCUGGAAGCAAAGGGUUGCCAUGGUGAAGGCUGCAAAGCAGAUGGCCCAGAAGCACAAAGUUGAUCAUUGCUGGCGGAAGUGGAGAAAAGCUCUGAUCCAGUCCCAGGUGUCCAAGAAUAUGCUGAUACAAGACAACAAGCAGGUGCUCACACAGGUGUUUGUGACCUGGAGACAGAUGGCGCUGCUGAGGUCUUUGGCCAAGAAGUGCAGCCAGCAGCAGCAGAGCCACCAGCUGCGUCUCACCUUCCAGCAGUGGCGACAAAAGUACAACAGUAGCAGCUCAGGGGGAAGUUGUCGCAGCUCCAACGCCAGUCUCUGUACCACAGAUCGUAGCUAUAUAUCAGGAAGGAGCUCCGUGGACACACCUCUGCCAAUGGUGAUGCCUUUCAGUGAACAGUUCUGAUUUAGCAAAAAUAUCUCCGUAUACUAAGAUGAUACUGGACUGAACUCAAUGAGAAGUUUGUGGGCCACAGACUGCAACAUAGGAUAAAGUCCCAAGAAACUGGGGUGGGGGGGGAUACAAACUAAUGUGUCUUUCACAAAUUAUUUUAAGGUGACAUAUAUCACACUGUUACAUAAAUGUUGAUAUUUUUUUUCAAACUUGAAGGUCUUUCAGUUGGUGUCAGUUGACCAAGGCCCUGUUCCAAGUCUUUCUUGUUCUGUUGAUAUCACAAACAAGUACAAAACAAACAAAUAUUUGAUGAAUUCAAGGCAAGACCUUGAAUAUAAGUAUUACUCACUGGUGGUUUAGAUAAUAAAUGAAACUUGCAUUUUAAAAAUAUCAAAAAAAGGUUGUUUACGAGAAAGAACUUUUUAAGUAGUUUAUACACAUCCAAGAAGAAACUGAUUAUGGAUAUUUAUAUAAACAAAUGAUACUGUAUUAUAUUUCAAGGGCAGCAAGCUGUAACUUAAUAUUUAUUGCCUUUUAUUCACGUUUCCAUCCACUGGUCUCAUUUUAAGUGACUUGUUCAAAUGUUAAUUUCCAAGUUUUUGUAUAUUUUUUCGUAUUUAAGAUAAACAGGCAUUGAAUUUAUGCAGUGCCUACCGUCCAUUUUUGUUUUGAAUACAAUUUGUAUAUAAUGUUAGUUGUAAAAAGAAAUGUAUCAUAUUAUAAACCAUACCAUGUCAUAUUAUGUUGUACAUUACAUUUUGGUGCCAGCAAAUUAUCCUAGGGGAUUUUCCUUUUUAGUGCUAAAAUUAGCACAUUGCUCAGAAAAGCUUAUGAAUCUGAAUUAUGGCCAAAACAGGAAACUUUUAAUGUAGAUGAUUUAGUCAUUAAGGUAGAUAAUGUUAGAUGGAAACUUGUAAUAACUUUUUGUUUUCUACUCAUUGUUGAAUUGGGAAAAUCAUGACAAAGUUGAACUUUGUCAUAGUUAAUUUCAAAUUCAGUGCAAGAGGUUUCACCUUUAAAUUUUAAAGCUUAAACUCUAAACUAAGAUGUUAAGUUAUUACAGUCUGAUAUAGUGGAUGGUAUUUAUUAUGGAUUCUGACAUUUGCAUUGAUAUUCUUCGCAUGUUAUGCAUGCCCUAACAGUGGUAGUCAUUCAGUUACUCAAAGGUAAUACUCACACAUGGGUCUUUGCUCAAAUACUGUAGAAUUCACUUUGACAAUGUGCCAUAAACAGCAAGACUUUGACAUAAUCAAGGAAUUUACAUAUGAACUGGAAAACACUGCCUCUCUCAUAACUAUUGUAUUUUCCGUAUUUCUUAAUUACAAAAAGUUUGGGGAUUUUUUAUGUUCUUUCUUCACCCUCACAUUAUUGCGAAGGUGAAAUAUUAGUUUUCAGUUGGAUUUUUAUUAUUAUUUUCAACAAAAAAUUGUUUUAUUGAAUUUUUAAAAAUGACUGAUUCAUUCAGAAAUGCUAUAUUUUUUGUAUUGUAUUUAGAAAGAUGGCAAAAAUCCCACAUUUUAGUGAUCCAGAACAUUUUAGUCAAUAUGUUAGUGAUGAAAUCUGGUUGUUGGUAUUUUGUAACUACGUAUCACAGUAGAAAACUGUGAUGUAUUAAAUGUGCCUUUGUAUAAUUUUCUACUUAACAACUGAGAAAUGUAUGUACUAUUUUCUAUCACUUUAUAAGAUUUUUUACAUCUUGUUUAAUGAUAGAGAAAUGUUGCUUAGAUCCCAGAUUUUUUCAAAAAUCAUUAAAUGUAAAAUUUAGCCCAAAUGCUUUACCUCAUCCUUAAUUUUACUGAAAAAGAGAAAUUAUUACAUUGUGUAUCAUGUUUGAUUCAUACAGUAGCAUACUGCCAGAAUUGUCAUCAGUAUAGAUGAAUUCAUUUUAUCACUGAAACAGUUAUUAAAUGCCUUAGAAAGUAUCAUGUAUAGAUGCUAUUAACUUAUUAACAGUAAGACUCUAGUCAAAUUAUUGUGUACAAAGAAAACUUAUAUUUGUAUUUUGUAAUAAUUAACAAAGAGUGUGAUUGAACCUUUUCACAAUUUAAAAUAAUAUUUAAUGUAUAAAUAUAGAACUGGUCACAUUGAUGGGCGUGAUUCAUUGUAAAAAUAAAUUUUAUGAAUUAUAUAUUA